GCCGUGCACUAGAUAGCUGCCGUUUUUCGGACUAGUUUGUGUAGUCGAGUGUGCACUAGUGCAGCGCUGCAGAAGGAGCAAACCGUUACGUAAUGCACUACAACGUUGCGUGUUGCGUAAGACCUGUGCUAUAUUAAAAUUCCCGCAAUGUAAUCGGCGUGUCGUACCAACAUACGUCUUGAUCACAUGGCAGGUUUUCUCUACAUCGGACCAAUUUCUGAAGGAUGGACGCAAGCCAGGUUACUGGGACCAACAAUGGAUACUUCUGGGUGUGCUGCAGUUUUGUGUCAUUCUUCCUCACAAACUUUGUAUUUGGCCUUGUUGCUCCGAAUAACGCCAGAAAAACGCCCCGACAACUAUGGAAAUGGAAAAACAUUGGGACCUCAUUUGUGCACUCCUUCAUAUCUGGAUUGUGGGCAGUUUCUUGCUUCUAUCAAAUUCCUGAAAUGAAAGAGGAUCUCAUCAAUAGUUACUCUUCAUCUGCUCAACGCGUAAUUUCUUUGUCUGUCGGUAAGUACUCUUACUAACUAUUUAUUCUUCAC